AUGCCGACAGACCACGCAGAGGCAGAGGAAGAGCCAGAGCCCGCCGGCGCCGGCGUCAGCCUGUCGCCGGAUGUGCUGGCCAACAUCCACGCCCGCCUGGCCUUCCCCGAGCGCCUCGCCUUCGCCGCCGUCUUCCGCGCCGAGCGCCACGCCUUCAGGCCCGAGGCGCCGUACCUCCUCCUCCCCGGCCGGACCCCGGACAUCGGCACGCUCUACUCCGUUGCCGACCGCCGCGCCGCCGCCGUGCGCUCCCCGGCCCACGCCUUCAUCGGCUCCUCCCGCGGGUGGCUCGUCACCAUCAACACUGCCGCCGCCGCCACGCUGCGCCUCAUCAACCCGGUGACCGGCGAGCAGCGCGGGCUCCCGGCCAUCACCACCAUCCCCUGCGUACACGCGCUCCACAGGGGCUCCCACUUGGAGUUCACGCUGGAGCCCUUCACCUGGGGCCCGCCGUACCCCGGCGGCCGCCAGCCGGUUGGCACCUUCACGCUGGAGGUCGAGCAGACGCGCGGCUUCCUCUACCGCAAGGUCGUCCGCGCCCCUGCCGCCGCCGCGGCCAUGCUGAUCACGGGCCCGUGCUUGGGCAUGCCGGCCUUUGCGAUGACGGAAGAGGUCGCGUGGAGGCUGGCUCCCUCGCGCGACGGCGUGGAGGACGCCAUCCACCACGACGGCAGGUUCUACUCCCUAGGGUACUCGGGCGCCGUGGCGGCGUGGGAGCGCGACCCCGACACCGGCGAGUUCGGCAGCACGACCAUCACGCCAAGGCUGACUAAUGAGGACAGCCAACCGUGGCGCCGACGCAAGUACCUCGUGGCGGCACCGGGGCCGGCCGGGCGGCUGAUGGUGGUGCUCAAGGAGACGACGACGGGCUGUAGAGAUGUUAUCCUGCAGAACAUCUUUUGA